AUAAAAUUAAAUAAACAUGUUUGUGCAGGACUUAAGGCAAGAGUUCUAUAACUUGCUUAUUGGAAAACGUGUGAUAAUAAUAGCAAACUCUGAUGUUGACUCGAUCGUGGCUUCGAAAAUUCUUCAGUCACUUUUUAGAAAUGAACAGAUAAUUUUUACGUUUGUUCCAAUAAUGGGUGUAAAAGGCCUUAAAAGAACUUUUGAUGACAACAAAAAUGACUGCAACAUAUUUUUACUCAUAAACUGUGGAGGUUGUCUUGAUUUAAUUGACCUUUUAGCACCAGAGGAAAAUAUUUUCUUUUUUGUUUGUGAUUCUCACCGUCCAUUGGAUUUGUGUAAUAUUUACAGCGAUUCACAGGUUCGAAUACUUGGUGAUCCAAAAGAUGAAGAAGAAAUUCCUCAAUUUGACGAGAUAUUUCAAGAAUCAGAAAACGAAGACAGUGAAGACGAUGAAAACUCAGACAUUUUCGAUGGUGAUGAUCCGGAAUCACGGCCAUCAACAAAUAUUGAAAAAUUUGAAAAACGUAUGAAGAAAAAUCGCGAGAAACGAGAGUGGGAAAAGAAACGAGAUCGAAUCUUAUUCAACUAUUCACAAAACAGUUACUACACACGUAGUUCAGCUCUUGUAUUUUUUGAACUCGCUUGGCAGAUGUCAAAAGACUCUCUUGAUUUAUUAUGGUGGGCUAUUGUUGGAGUCACUGAGCAGCUUCUUAUGGGGAAAAGAGAAAGUUCAACUUAUACUUUAGAAACACAAAAAAUUCAAUCGCAUGUCACUCGACUAAACACAAAGAUGAAUGGAGGUGGAUCAACACAUACAUCGAUUAGAAUCACUUAUGAAAAUGAUCUUUAUCUAGCGUUAUAUCGACAUUGGUCAAUUAGAGAAUCUAUACAGAAUUCAGUUUACUCAGCAUGUAAGAUGAAACUUUGGACUCUCAAUGGAAAGAAGAAGCUGAAUGAGCUUCUUGUUGAAAUGGGACUUCCACUUUCUCAAGCAAAUCAACAGUUCAAUUCAAUGGACCUCUUACUAAAAAACGAUUUCUAUCAAAUGAUUGAAAAAACUUCAGAGAAAUAUAACAUGAACGAGAUCAUUUAUGGUUCAUUUACAUUACAAUAUGGUUACAAGAAUCGAUUUUCAGCAGCCGAUUACGUUUAUGCAAUGAUCGCUCUUAUGGAACAAAUUGAAUACAAUAGAACAGCUGAAAGUUGUUUUCUUGAAGCACUUGAGUCAGUUUCUAGGAACAAGAAAAUGCUUUUAGAAACUGGGAUUGAGAAAGCAAAAGUUUUACUUGAUGCAGUCUUUAAGCAAGUCAAAACAUCACUAGAGAUGCAACAAGUCUUCUCAGCUGGUCCAUUUCUUUAUUUGAUACUUCAGGAGGAAAAUAUUCUCUUUUCAUCACCGUACGGACUUUCAAUGCUUGCUAAAUUCAUUCUCAAUGGAUAUAUUGCUACAUCAAGAAAACGUCGUGUACGUGAAUUGCCUUUGAUUGUUGCAAUUCCUGUAGAUUCAUCACGUGAAAUCAAUCUCAUGGUAGGAAUUCCUCCAAUAGGUGAUGAUGUUAAAAAUCUAUUUGGCAAAGCUUUUGAAACAGCUGCCAUUAAAAGUAAUUCUGCUGUAUCACAAGACUUUUUUGACACUAAUGUUAUCCAAAUUAAGCAAGCCGAUUGUCCAAAAUUUAUUGACGCUCUUACAGUUAUUAUGUUAAGAUAAUCUUUAUGUUUAAUUCAAUUCUUAAAAGAAUGCUCUAGAUAAAUAAUAAUUGAAUAACCAUUUGUUUUACAUAUUUAAAAUUAAUCAUUGUUCAUUCAUGGUGUUGUUGAUUAAACAUUUUUCUAUUAAAAAGAAAAGAAAACAAACUUGUACGUAUAUUCAGCUCUAAACAAUAUUUAACGGCAUUUUUGAAAAUAAACAACAAUUAACUGACAAC